UCCAAAGACAUUCCACAGACAAUCGCUCACGCAAAAAUUUGUGACAAACGAGAAAGAAGUCCGCGAGUGAAUUAUUGCAUUUUCCCCACGAAAAAUGUAAUUUGCGUGCGUGAAAAGUGCAAAAGGGCGUGCACGGAGGUUCAUUGCGGUGAAAUUGCGUGAAAUUGUGCGUGAAGGGAGUGCCAGGGAGGUGAUUUGAGUGGAAAAUAUUUGUGAGUGUUUUUUUUGUCCACCUGUCACCUCUUUUUGGGGACUCCGCUGUUGUUUGUCCCCCCAAUUCUUUGGGCGCCUUGGAGUUUCUGGGGCGAGGCAUUUGCUCGGGGAAAAAACCUCGUUGCCGUGUAUGCGGGCUUUGUUAAAUUGAAAUCGUGGAGUGCGCGAAAAAGGGGGCUGUUUCUUUUGUUAAUUAAGUGCGGGGAUACCUGUCCGGGAAAGCCUGUUCUACCUGUCCGGGAGUGAAUUUUGUGAGGAAUUUCAUCAAGGGACAAGGAGGCUUCUUUUACAUCUCAUCCUCAUGCCAAAUUGAGUGAGAUUCAACACAGAGAUAGAUACCCUCAUCCCAUCGCAACGAGAGAGAAGAAUUCCGGGAACGGGCGUUGCAGUGCAUAAUAAAUUGGAUCCAAAUUGAAUUCUUGGGCAGUGCGUGAUAAAUAAACUACAUUGACAAUGACGGUGGACUUCAACGAUUACUUCUGGGGUGAGAAGAACAACGGUUUCGAUGUUCUGUAUCACAACAUGAAGUACGGAUUGGUGGCCAGCAAGGAGAUGACGGAUUUCUUCCGAGAACGCUCAAACAUUGAGGAGAGCAACUCGAAGAUGAUGACAAAGCUGGCCAAUAAAGCCGGGUCGGGAUGUAUUCAUGGGACAUUUGCACCCGUCUGGGCGGUGCUGAAGGGCUCAGCUGAGCGCCUGUCGUCGUUGCAUUUGCAAAUGGUGCAGAAAAUUACGGAAUUGGUGAAGGAUAUUACAAAAUACGCUGAGGAGUUGCAUAAAAAGCAUAAGGCAGUGAAAGAGGAGGAAGCUGGAACACUUGAAGCUGUUCAAGCCAUGCAAGCAUCCACGCAUGCUGUGCAGAAGGCAAAGGAACUGUAUACGAGUCGUAUGCAGGAAAUUGAGAAGCUGAAGAAGGAUAAUUGUUCACCAAAGGACCUCGAGAAGGCGGAGACAAAGCUCCGGAAGCAACAUGAUGACUACAGGAAUCUCGUGGAGAAGCACAAUCCCAUUAAAAUGGAAUUUGAGCGUCGUAUGACGAGCACGUGUAAACGCUUCCAGGACAUUGAGGAGGCACAUCUCAAGCAGAUGCGUGAAUUCCUCACCACCUACAUUGAGCUCCUGCAGACAAAUCACGAUAUGGUGGGACAGGUGCACACGGAGUUUAAGCGUCAAUUUGUGGAGAUGACAGUGGACAAACUCCUUGAGCAGUUUGUUCUCAACAAAUACACGGGACUCGAGAAGCCAGAAAUUGUUGAGCUUGAUUUGAUGAAUUGGCCAACGAGUGCAGCUAAUCAAUCCUCCUCCUCUACACAUAACACACCACCGACAAACACAGUAAAUAAUACGGUAACAGUGGCGGAGGUGCCGCCGAGUGGUGGAGCUGGGACAGCGGUCACAGCGACAACAGGAGCAUCCGGCAUGGGCCCCACGACGCCCGCACCGGCACCCCCGAAGCGUGAGAUAAAUCUCCGCAAUUGGUUCACAUCGUCGUCGUCGUCGUCGUCGGCUGUAGCAGCGGCGGCGGCGUCGAGUUCCGUGAGCACGGCAUCCCCGUCGUCGGCAUCGUCGGGUGCUGCCGCGACGACGACAGCCGGGGGUGGUGGUGGUGGUCAGAAUGAUCAGGAUGGCGGGAGUAAGGAGGGUGGUGUGCAGGGCGGAGAGGCGGCACGUGGCUCGCCGAAUGCGUCAGUUGUACCAAGUAUGCGAAAUACAAAAUCCGGUAGAGGGAAGAUGAUUAUUGGGGAUAGUAGUUUAAAGGCAAUUGGUAGUAGGAUAAGGGAAAGGGCGGCACAGCCGGUCGCUGAGGCGCAACAGGCGCAAGAGCAACAGCCACAAAAGACACAGCAGCCAAAAGAAAAAUCUUCCCGCCGCACUACUUCCCUUCUCAAUCUCUUCAUGUCUAAUUCCCAGGGAAGUCGCGAGAGUCGUGAUAGUCGUGAUUCUCCAUCAAUUGAAGUCUUGUCAGCACCGACAAGUCCAACGGCUGAGACACAAUUUCCACCAACAACGGCAAGCAAUACACAAAUCGGCCGAAAUCCAUUAAGGGGAUCCAAAUUUUCAGGAUUCCUCAGGAGUCGCCGUGAGAAGGCAAAGACGAAGAAGGUGAAGAAGAAAAAGGAUUCAGCUGAGACGAAUAGCAACAAAGACGAGAAAAUAUCCGAUAACGAUGAGAAGGAGGAGACAGUAAAGUCGGAAAAUAGUGCCGCUGCCGCCCAAGUGUCCAAAUCACCCUCCUUGAUCGCACCAACGGCCACGCCGGAAGUUGAUGAGGAUGGGUACAGUGUGCAGCCCAGUGAGCCCAAAUGGGAGACGCUCACAAACAGCGAAAAAGGUGGAUUCUAUUCAAGUUCGGACAGCGAUUCGGAUGACAACGAGCGUGACCGCAAGAUUCACGUGGAGAUCAAGCCAUUGAACAAUGGAACGGCCCCCAUUUCGGCCAGUGUGGAUGAAUUGCGUGCCACGGUGGAGAAUUUAUCGCUCUCCCCAUUGGGUGGGGCACUGUCUGGGAGGAAGACAUUUAGUACAGCCGACAAUGCUGAUGUCCGCAUGAAACGCUCAAAGUCAUUGUCACAGCAAUUUGGUGGUGGUGGUGGUGUUGAGAGGAGGGCAUAUGGGGGUGAUUUACAGGGGAAUACUCCUUCAUUUCAGCAGCAUCAUCCACAGAGUCCGGCUGCUUCGAAUGCCUCAACGCCCACCACGACGCAUCCCUAUGCACCGUUGCAGAGUCCAACGCUCUCAGCAUCAAACAGCUCCAACAAUAAAUACGCAGAUUUAGGCGAUGUCUUCUCGGAGAUUGAGGAUAUCACAACAUCUGCACCGCCUUCGGCCACUCUGACCAAACUUGGCCGCCAAAUACCCACACCAACGUCCACCAGCAGCAUUGCCAUCCCUCGGCCACCGUCGAGACGAUCAGAAGCUGCUGGACGUGGCAGAGUUAGCCCCUCAGCUGUCUCAACAAUCUCCCGCGCAGACAGUGUGGGGAGUCUCGAAUUUCGUACUGCUGGAGUUGGGAUUGGAUCCUCACGUGGUCCAUCACCACUCACAAUCGGCAUAUCAGAUACAAUUCCAUUGGCUGUGGCCUUCCAUGAGAUGAUUCAUGCCUAUUUUCGUGGAAGUGAUGAAAGUCGGUGCCAGGUAAAGAUGUCCGGUGAUAUGAUGCUGUCCUUCCCAGCUGGAAUUGUUGGGGUCUUUGCAAAUAAUCCCAAUCCAGCUAAAUUGGGCUUCCGCAUCAAGAAUAUCCAGAAUCUCGACAAUGUCAUCCCUAAUAAACAAUUAGUCACCAUCGAUAAACUCCAAUCGACGAGCUUCAGUACAACGUUGGAAUUCAACAUGCCCGCCCUCACGGCAUUGCUGCGUCGGCAAUCGGAACAAAACCCAACGGCGUCCUAUUUCAAUGUGGACAUCCUCAAGUAUCAGAUGCGCCCCAAGACGGGUGCGUCGUCGUGCCCCUUCCAGCUGGUGUGCUACUGGAAGUGUGAGCCAACGCAUACGGACAUUAAGAUUGAUUACAAGUACAAUAGCCACGCCAUGGCAGCCCCGACGCCUCUGUUGAACAUCUCAAUCACCGUUCCCGUGGACGGGGGUGUGCGGAAUGUUCAAUCGAAGCCCCAUUCAGCCUGGUUGGGGGAAUCCAAUAGGCUCGUGUGGAAUUUCACGGAUAUUUCGCAGCAUUCGGACAAUAAUGGGGUGGGUACGCUGAGGGCACGCCUUGAGGUGGCCAAUGGGCCAUCAACCCCGGCCAUUCUGCAGACGCAGUUCAAUUGCGAAGGGACAACGCUGUCGGGGAUUGAAUUUGAACUCACCGGGCCCGGAUAUCGGCUUUCACUUGUCAAGAGGCGAUUUGUUUCCGGAAAGUACAUUUGCGAGGGUGACGGCAUAAGGAGUGGAGCAACACCCACAUCGCCCCUCGUGAGCUCACCGAAUCCAUACUCAAAGACAGGAUAGCAGAUGGCCAGUAAUUUCCUCUGAGCUCUCUGGCGUCUCACCAUCCCGUUCGCCGUGCGUGAGCCAUGCCGCUGAAGAAUUUAUUAUCUCCGGUACCUUUUUUUUUUGAUUAAUUUGAAAUAUUUCGUUUCAAAUCUCGCGCGUUUACUCACAACAGAAUAUUAUUAAAAAUAAUAUUAAUUUUCAUUUCAAACUAAGUUAUUCCCUUUUCCCCAAGUUUUGCGAACAAAUAAGAUUUUUGCAAGUUUCUGUUAACCAAAAAAAAAAGCAUUUGUUUUCCUAAUUAGAAUUGCAAUGAAAAAAAAAUUAAAAUUAGUGGCAAUUUAUUGCUUUUUGUACGUGAAUUUUUUUUGGCUUUUUGUUAAAAAAUAUUUCUAUAAAAAUAGCUAAAAAAAAAGAACAAUGAAAUAUUGAGAGAUAACAUUAUAAUAGUAAAAAAGAAAAAAAUAGAUAGUAAAAAUUAAUGAAAAAAAUUGAAGUGAUGCGAAAAGGGAAGCAAAAAAGAGAUUUUAAUGCUGCGGAGGAUUUUCUUUUUCAUUUUCUUCAAUCUCUUCAAAUUUAUUGUAUAGGAUGAAGUAUUAUUUCAUUAAUUUUUGUUCCCUUAAAAAACACACGACAAUAGGAAGACACUUUUAGGGUAGAAGAGAGAGAGAGAUACUCAAUCACAAAAAAAGGAUUUUUUUCUUUUAGUUAUCCUCAUGGAGGAUUUCACUUUAAUUUCUUCUUGUGUUUAGAAAUUAACAAUUUAUUCCAAGAAAUGUUUUAGAGGAGAGAAAAAUAGAGAAAUAUCAUUAAAUGUUAAAGAA